AUGUUUGUGGCCCGCUUUGAUUUUACCGCAAAAUAUCCCCAGUCUAUUUCUUUUGCUGCCAAUGAUCAAUUUCUUGUACUUCGGAAGGAGAAUGACCAUUGGUAUUAUGUAUUCCAUGAAGAUGGAAGGCUUGGUUCUAUUCCAACCAAUUACGUCGAGGAAUCGAAUGUAAUAAAAUCGCCUGCAGAAGUCGUCAGUAUAAUCGAUGCCGCUCUUGGCGCAAUAUCGCCAGAGGACAUAUUUGAGAAAGAUGUAAUCCUGAAUUAUCUGGGACGUUUGCGCGACGGAACUCUUAAAGGUUUUGGAAAAAAUAAACUUCCUCGAUUUCCUCUGCGUCCAAAUGCACGACCUCAAGGGCAACACUAUCUUCCUGAACGAAAAAAAUUUCCACCUCCACCGCUGCCAUGUAAACGUACUCCUGGAACUGCUUACUUGAUGUUAGAUAAACUUCGAAGCACUACUCGGACUAGUUACUUACGAUGUGUUAUUUCAUUCGAAAAGAUGCUGAAUGUUUUAGCUAAUUCGGACCCGCAAUUGGCCACUCUAUCCAAGGAACUUAUUAAUGAGAUCUUGGAUAAUAAUCCUACUGUAAGAAGGGCUGUUUACACUCGAACCGAUGACUGGAAGGCUCUUCAAAGUCAUGUUACUAAUCUCGAAACGCGAGCCAAAGACCAACAAGAAAGCAGUUGGCCUUUAGCCGAAGAUGAUUCCUCGGUUAUUAGUGACCUGGAUUCAUUAGUGGAUCUUCUUUGCAAUAUGGACCCUGAUAUGGUAUGCAGAUGUGUAACCGAGGAUGAUUUUCCUCUUGCACUGAGUUAUCUCUACCAAAGGGAAAGACGAUCCAUUGUUAGACGUUUCUAUCUUCUGAUCGUCGUAGCAAUUUGCCAUAUUCAACCACGGAUCUGGAAUGUCUUUCUCGACUCCUGCAUUCCAAUGGAAAUAAUUCGUGAAAUCGGAUCUUCUGACCUGGCUGAAUUGGACUUUAUUCUCGAUUUGCGAAUGCUGACAAUCCUUUUUACCAAAGCCAAUAGUCUUCCUUUGAGUAUUCAAAAUGAAUUGUUCGAGUCCUUCUUUGACGCUGUAUUUACGCGAGUUUCAAAAUUCAUGUCGGUUGAAAAAUUCUCCACCAAUAAUGCGACACAAUCAGCAGGCGAUAACGGUGAUUCCGCAUCAAGAGCCUCACCCCUCCUUCUCGACACCUUCCUACAGUUCGUCUGCGCCGCUAAUCGCCACUUCUGCCUCUCCUCAACAAGUCUCACUCCCGUACUCAACACCAUGCUUGCCAAUCACGUGGCCACCAAGGAUCUAAUUGAACGUCUUCUUUUCAUAUUCAAUCGUGAUGCUGAUCCAUUGAGCUUGGACGGUGUGUCUUUCGUGAGAAAGAUGCGUGGGACUCUGGGAGAAAGUUUUGAUCUCUCCUCAGAUCAUUACAAUGGUUCUCUUCUUUACCAGGAUGGAAAUGGUCAAUCGGACAAUGGUCUAUUUGACAGAUCGCGUCAUUUCUCUUCUACUGGACAAUAUGUUGAUAAUGAGAACGGGGAGGUCAGUGGCGAGGAUUGUCCAAAAAUUCCAUCCCAGCAUCGUCCCAGCUUGGCUGAUGUUAUUCUUCAGAAUGCACCCGAUACACCAGUGAAUUCUGCGCGUAAACUACUGUCAGACAUUUUCUCCACUCGUGAAACUGCAUCCCUUGUCUAUCGCAACGACGUCAAAGUCGUAAUUGAUGUUAUAAUUCGCCAGAUUUGCGACCUGCCCGCAACUUCACCUAAUCUGCCGGAGUUUCUUUUCUGCAUGGAUAAGGUGAUUCGUAACACCGAUUGUAUGUCUCCGCCCUACAGACUGGAUGACUUGUUGGAGGCCUUGAAAGGAGUUGAAUACAGCGCAGCCAAUUCAAACAGAGCGAGCGAUUUCACCACCAUCCGUUCAUUGCGGCUUACGAAUGAUUUGCUCACUCUACUCAAGGCCAUGAGUAGUUAA